AAGAGAAUCUAAUGAAUUUUAUGAGCCAACCGGUCAUGAUCCAUAUCAUCAACAAAAACUUUAUAUAAGACUUGGUGAGACAUAUUCAUUGGUAAGUUAGAUGGUUUGAGUUGAAACAAAUAAAUUUGUCAGAAUGGCAAACAUGCAAAUUGUCCCAGCUUACAAGAAUAUUGUGGAGGCACAAUAUGUUGAAAUGAGGGUACCCUUGUAUUCUUAUGGAUGUGAGAAGAAAAUAAAGAAAACCUUAUCCAAUCUCAAAGGAAUAUACUCGGUAAAUGUGGAUCAUUGUCAACAAAAGGUGAUUGUAUGGGGAAUUUGCAACAAAUUUGAUGUGUUACAAAAUGUUAGAAGCAAGAGAAAAGAGGCUUGUUUUUGGAACCAAGAAGACAAUGUUGUAUUAGACAAUUCACAAUCACCAUCAUCAUCUUCACCAAUUCCAUUAGCAAAAUUUCCUCACAGAGAUUUUAAGCCUUCUUUAUCUUUAACUAGGGUUAGGUCUCUAAGUUUGAAGGCAUGGAAAAAGGUCUUCACUAGAUCAUACUCUUUCUAAAAUGAAAAAUGUGAAAGAUGAAUUAAUAAAAAUUAUGGUUAAAU